AUGGAUGCUCUACGGGAGCGAGAACGAGUUCUGACUGCCAAAGAGCAGUUGGCCAUCAGAGGCUUUGCAGCCUCAAAGCUUCAGGCUGCAUCUGUGCUCGAUGAUGGUGGAGACUGGUUUGCAGCCUGCGUGCCGCUGAGUUGUUUGGGCCACGAUGAGGACAUGCGCCGGUUGAUCUGGCGGCUGUUCUGGCUUCGAUUGGCGCAUGAUCUGUCAGGCACCCAGGCUGCUUCGACACAGGAACAUGCCAUCGGUGCUCAACUGCGUGUCCUUCGAAUCUUUAGUUCUAGGCCACCUGUGGAUCAUCCGCUCGAACCACUGGAUCCUGACGUGUUGGAGGACCUUGGGCAGGGCCCUUUCGACCUUGUGACCGUUACUGAUGCACCCACCUUGGCGCACCCGUUGAGCUCGUCUGUGCAGUGGCCGCUACGCCUGCGGAUGCUGCAGCCUCCAGCCGAAUACCGGCCCUGGAAGUUCAGAUUCUUCGACGCAGAGCGAUACUUGCUGUCUUACGUGACCUACCUCCGGAAGAGUGGCCAUGGGGAGCGUCUCGUGCUCUAUGCUGAUGCGUUUGAUGUGGCAGCGUUUCCAUGCCAGCGCAACCUCAGCGAGGCUUUGAACGAGUUGGGCAGACCGAUGGUGUUCGGAGUGGAGUUUGAUAUAUUUCCUGCGGGUCUCCCUGGCUAUCCGGCCCCAGCUGCCGGCAGCCAUGCCAGGGUGCGUCAGGCCCACCAGAUGCAGCUUUGCCGGCAGGCCGUCGACCUGCCUUACAUCUGGGAGUCAGAGCCGCCAGACCAACGCAAGCCCUGUCUAGCUAUGUCCGAGAUUCUUGGUACUUCGAGCAGUGGUAUCGAGCCCACGCACCCCGUCGCGGGAGAGUUUCUGAAUGGUGGCUUUUAUGGCGGCCGUGCAGAUGUGCUUGAGAUGGCCUUGCGGCAAAUCUUACAUGUGCAAGCUCAGCUGCCUGAGUUCAACUCGGCGGGUGAACCUCUGAAGCGCCACGGCCGGAGCCACCAGUACCUGUGGAGUCAGUACUUCCUGGACCACCCAGACAAGGUGGCAUUAGACUACGGUGGCGCCUUCGUGGUCAACCUGGCUCGACGGUCGUUAGCCCCGAGACAGUUUGGAAUUGACAAAUUCACCGGACAGAUGAAGUCUGUCCUUUUCCAGAGACCCGUGUGCUUCAUUCACGCGAAUGCCGGCGGCGUUGCUGACAGUACUUUCUAUUUGUUGCGCACUGCGUACUACCUACAGGCUGAUACCACUGCCUGGACAGGAUACGGUGUCCCAGGUGAGCUAAAUGCUCUUCAGCAGUCUGGGUUGCGCGCAGACAAGGGGCGGCAUGACCGUAUCGUCGUUGACUCCAACUUAUGCUUCGGUACCUUCUCCCAUGUGCCCGAGUGGCACGGAAUCCUCUCAUACAUCUACAUGGCAACGCCUUUCAACGAGGUCACGUUUGCUGGCCUUGAGUUUUUCAUAGCUCGUCCAAGCCAUUCUCCGGCAUCGCGGACCGGAAUGGUUUUCCAAGUUGUGGACAAGAUGCCGUUUGCUCUGCGCACAAGGAGGGAAACCGGACGAGCCAAGCCGCCAAACGGGACGCAGACUUGGUUCGAAGCUCGAAAUCGCUUUGAUGCUCAGGUCUUCAACGUGAGAGUUCGCAGUGGUGACUGCUUUGCGUGGCGUUGUGAACAGCGCUGUGACUUGACCUUCGCCGAGCUUCAAGAUGAGGACCCGACCUGGCUCCGAGAUUCUGUUCCGAGGCCAGCUGGAGUGUGGACAGGAGAUGGUCGCGAGAUGGUCGUGGGAGCGAAGAUUGUCUUGGACAAAUGGCUGCCAAGAAGCUAUGCCAUAAGUGCCCAAGCUGAGAUCCAUGCUUUUAGCUUGUAUGAGCAAGCCAAAAGAGAUGUUGUGGGGCCGGAGAUCCAAGCUGCGACAGACAGGCUGUCAGCGCGUCUGGCACCUGUAUUUCAACAGGUACGAUUCGGCCCAAAGGAUGGCCGACCCGGAAGACGGGAGCACCAUAAGUUCGGAGCUGCAGAUCGGAAGGGAACGUACUACUAUCGAUUUCACAAGCUGAUUGGAAAGGCCAACUGGCGAAAAUAUACAGAGCGCUACAUUGCACCACGUGCGCUGGAGAAUCGACAAAGGUGGAUUCCAACGCCUUUUCCGACCUAUUCGCAGGGCAAGCAUGCGCAUUCUUGGAAUUGGCGGCUGCCUAAGGGCUUGGCAGCUGCCACAUCUGCCGACGAAGUGCUUGAGGUAUGGGUACAGUUUCGACACAAACACCCGAAGAGGACCUUCCACUACUUCAAGGUUCUGAAGCGGCUUGCAGAUGUUGGCGGAUGCGAAAGGACCGACUGGCGCCUGCGCUUUGUCACGUCCAGACUUCGCAAGAUCCAUCGGAAAGUGCUCAACCUGCCUCGACUGGCGAAGUACUAUGCAGAGCUGAAGUGCAUCGAUGAGAUGGAGCAUGUAUCUCGAUUUCUCAGGAAGAUGUUGCCUAAGUAUACGUCCCAUCAACUAGUCCUUGUUGCUCACGCGUUCGCCAUUGCGAAGUUGCAGGAUAAGCACAUGAUGGAGGAGGUUGCUAGACUGGUGGAGCCGCAGCUCAGCGAGAUAACACCAGUAGAGAUGGUGCGGCUCGCUCAGGCAUACGCAAGUACAGAAGUGUGCCAUUACACGCUCUUUGGGCAGAUCUCCGCGCAGGCGCAAGUGCGCGUUCAACAGGCUUCCGAGG